UUGUUUUUAUAUUUGGCCACAUGACAAACACGCCACACUUUGUUGAAUGGGCGAGCAACGAAAAAUUCUCUGAGUAGUUUGUAGCGUGUUUGGGAAAGUGUUGUCAGUCGCACAAUCUCACACAUCGUCACAUACAAUUAAAGCGAUUAAUUAAACUAAUAUUGGAGAUAGCAGAUCUGUUUUUUUUUUUAAUGAAAAUCUCAACGAAAUAAUUGUGCAAAAAAAGUGUGGAAAAUCAAUGGAAUAAUUAGUGAAAAACUCAGCGAAAUGAGGUGCAUUUUUAAUAUUUAAGCAUCAAUGCAAAUUGCAAUAGGGUUCAGUUGUGACCCGUGAAUAUGCCGAAGCGAAACAUAAAGCGUACAAGAAAAGAGAAUAGAAAGAAAACAGAAUCGUUCAGUUGUAGAGAAUCGUGCGGACAUUCGGUGGAAAUGUUUUCAUUUAAAUAUUUCUCUUUUUUGUUCGUCGCCUUAGUAGCUCUUCAAACAAUGGCGGCGUUAGCAUCAGCAGAGAGCAGUGAAGAAGCGAGCAAUGCUGUUGGGGACAUCGACAAUGAAUGGUGGAAAACGGCAGUGUUCUAUCAAAUCUAUCCAAGAUCGUUUAUGGACAGCAACGAUGAUGGCAUCGGUGACCUGAGAGGCGUUUUGUCGAAAUUAAGCUAUCUAGCGGAAACAGGUAUAACUGCCACCUGGCUGAGUCCCAUUUUCCAAUCACCAAUGAUUGAUUUUGGCUAUGACAUCUCCGACUUUAAAGCUAUACACGAGGAGUAUGGCACAAUGGAAGAUUUUGAGGAAUUGAUUGCUGAAGCGAAUCGUUUGAAUAUCAAAAUCAUUUUGGAUUUUGUACCCAACCAUUCGUCGGACCAGUGCGAAUGGUUCAUUAAAUCUGCAGCUAGGGAGGAAGGUUAUGAGGAUUUUUACGUUUGGGCAGAUGGUCAUAUAAACGAGGAUGGCGAAAUGGAACCACCAAAUAAUUGGCAAUCGGUAUUUUAUGGUUCAGCAUGGACUUGGCAUCCUGAACGGGGACAAUAUUAUUAUCACCAGUUUACGGCCGAACAGCCAGAUUUAAAUUAUCGCAACAGUAAAGUGGUCGAAGCUAUGGACGAUGUUAUCACCUUUUGGUUGGACAAGGGUGUCAGUGGAUUCCGCGUUGAUGCGGUCAAUCACCUAUUUGAGGAUCCGGAAUUAAGAGAUGAGCCGCUGAGCGGCAAAACACAAGAUAAAUCCUCACAUCUUUAUACUGAACACAUCUAUACAAAAGAUUUGCCCGAGGUGUAUGACAUGUUGUAUCACUGGCGUAACCUGCUCGACGAGUACACUGAAAAGCAUGGAGGUCCUGCCCGCAUAAUGAUGACAGAAGCCUAUGCCGAUCUUAAAUUUUUAAUGGAUUAUUACGAGAAUGCGGAUGGUUCCAAAGGUCCUCAUUUCCCGUUUAAUUUCUUCUUGCUUACCGACAUUUCUCAAACAUCGGAUGCCAGAGAUUAUGUUUUCAAUAUCCAAAAGUGGUUGACAUAUAUGCCCCGGAACCAUGUUGCCAAUUGGGUGAUGAGUAAUCAUGAUAAUCCACGCAUAGCUUCAAGGUUGGGAGUUGACAGUGUUGAUGCCAUGAAUAUGCUGUUAAUGACUCUCCCGGGCGUGGCUGUGACAUACAAUGGCGAUGAAAUCGGAAUGCAAGAUUUUCGUGAUAUAAGCUGGGAAGAUACGGUUGAUCCACCGGCACGCAACGUUGGUCCGGAUAAAUAUAAGGAAGUCUCCAGGGACCCAGUACGUACUCCUUUCCAAUGGAGCGGCGAGAAAAAUGCAGGUUUCUCCAAUGCCGAUAAGACAUGGCUACCUGUCCAUCCCAACUAUGAGGAACUUAAUUUGGAAAUUCAAAAAUCGUUGGAGAAAAGUCAUUAUAGUGUUUACAAGGAUCUCAUCGAAUUGAGAAAACUGCCAGUAAUGGAACAAGGACGAACGGCAUUAGAGGUCAUUUCUCGAAACGUAUUUACUGUAACAAGAUCCCUCAAGGGCCACUCAUCGAUUUUAACAAUUAUCAACACCAGUGACGAAGAACAAAUGGUGAAUUUACUAGAGGUUCUGGAUGAAGACAUUAAACAGUUGACUGUUCUUGUAUCCGGCGUUAAUUCCAUUUAUGACAAAGGGACUGAAAUACCCCAAGAAGACUUUGAACACUUCAUACUGACGCCACAGGAAGCUCUUGUUUGCAUGAUUGAAUAAUCACCAGUCCAUAUUCCCCUUUCCGUCUACAAUUUCCUCCUUCUGACCGACCCAGCAGCGAAUAAGAGAAACUGACAAGUACCUCCCUCGAUAAACACCGGCCAAAAAUUAACGGGGCGGGGAGGCUGGCGUAUUUACACAUAACGUUAAUUCAUAAUAAACAAAACGAAGAAACAGAAGAAGAAAAAAGAAAAUAUUAAGCUCAGACAGUAUA